AUGGCCGCACCGCCGCAGAUUGUCGUCGCCAGCCCGACCAAGGAGGAAGCCGUCGGCGGCGUCAUCUCGCACAGCGGCAUCCUGCCAGGCCGACUAGGCGAGCUCUACAAUGCGUUCCAGGAGCGGAGAGCGGCGCUCGGGCUGGGCAACCCGGGCACUGUCGAGGGCAUCGCGCGCGAGGUGCAGCGCGACGUGUUCCUGAACAACGCCAGCUUCAGCGGGCUGCGCGCCGAGCUCACCAAGGCCUUCAGCGCCGCGCCGCUAUUCCAGGUCGCCCACAGCCUGUCCAUGGGCUCGCAGGUGCAGCCGCCGUACUCGUACAUGGUGCUCUACGGCUCACCGAGGACGUUCAUGCAGGGCAACCUCGACAACGAGAUGCAGUUCUCCGGCCGCUUCAACUGGCGGUGGACCUCGGCCUUUGUCUCCAAGACGGCCGUGCAGCUAACCUCGCAGGGCAACAUGGUCUCGCUCGAGAACGACUACACGGGCGCCGACUUCUCCGCCUCGCUCAAGGCCGUCAACCCCUCGGUCCUGGACGGCGGCAUCACCGGCAUGAUCAUGGCCAGCUAUCUGCAGGCCGUGACCCCCGCGCUGUCGCUCGGCAUCGACGCCUUCUGGAGCCGCCCCGCCGCCGCCUACCCGCCCGAGCUCAACGUCUCGUACGCCGCCCGCUACCGCGCCGCCGACUGGAUGGCCUGCGGACAGAUCAUCCCCGACCGUGGCGUGCUCGAGGCCUCGUACUGGCGCCGCCUGACCGACAAGGUCGAGACGGGCAUCAACUGCAACCUCGCCUUUGCUGGCAUCGGCCCCGGCGGCCCCAUGGCCGGCCCCCAAAAGGAGGGCCAGGUCGCCAUUGGUGCCAAGUACGACUUCCGCACCACCUCGUUCCGCGCCCAGAUCGACAACAAGGGCACCGUCGGCUGCCUGUUGGAGAAGAUGAUCGCGCCCCCGAUCCGCAUCACCUUCUCCGGCGAGAUUGACCACAAGACGAGCGCCGCCAAGCUCGGACUCGCCGUCGCGAUAGAAGCCGCCGACGAGGCUGUCAUGGAGCAGCAAGAGAUCCCCGGCGCAGCUGCCCAAGCCGGCGCCAUCCCCUUCUAA